AUGGACCCGUUACAAAGGGAAGCGCCGCGGACAUCAACAUCAUCAUCAGCACGCAUCAGCAGUUCCCACGUGACCAUGUUUACAGCAGAAGAGUACUAUCGUUACUCAAUGGUCUACGCACGGGAGCAAGAAGCAAAGGCAGCGCUACUGAAGGAGAUUCUUGAAGAAGCCGCAGCGGCCAAACGAGGGGAGGUGCCGAAGAAGAAAAAGAAGAAGAAAAAGGCAAAACCAAAGCAAAUCCAAGGCCCUGUGAGCACGCUCAGCCCUACCGAGCACUCUUCGUACAUGUACCUGCUCCAGCGUUAUCAGCACCGAGUCAUCACCAACAUAUCGCCCACUGAGCAGAAAGACUUAAUUCAAUUGGCGGAGUUGCAGACCCGUGUGGUUCUUGAACAGCAGGAAUUCCUCCGGAAGUGGCCACAUGUGCCUGGUAGACGUCCCGAGACGCUUGCAAAAGGCUGCGAAUCCUGGGGACGGGCGCAGCUGACUAAAUUGAAGCAAAGAUGGCCGAAGGGGCCCUGGAUACUGAUAGAGAGCAUCAUGAAGGUGUCACUGCUCAAGAUUUCACCCGUGGCACCAAAUUUUCUGGGGCAUGUUCAACGCAAGGCUGGCAUCAUUGUACAGCCUGAGCCUGGCUGUGCACUGUUGGAAUUACUGCCAUCAGAGUACAAACCUCCCAUGCCUGUGCAGCCCCAUCCGAGCACAAGUUAUGGCACUCCUAUCACUGCUGCUUUCCCAACAUCAGAGAGCAGUGGAAGAGAGCGGGUGAAAGAAAGCAAGCUUACGGAGGACAAUGCUGAGGACGGGCUCGCCCGUGCGCAUGAAGCCAUCCUGCUAGUUGACUUGGAGACACUGCUUAUCGACUGGCAGGAGUCGCCUUGGCAGCUGCCAUUUACGAUUACAGAUGAUGGCGUCAUCAGCAUGGGGCCUGUGCUUCCCGCGGGAACUGUGCGUGACUGGAAUGAGCGUUUCUUCAGCUAUCUUUUAAACAAGUGGAUUGAAGCUCGCCAGAAGAAAGGGGUUGUGCCAGAGGCAGGAGCUGCAAAAGUUUCUGCAAAGCAACCAAUGGAGCAGACAGUGGGGAGCUUUGUGCAGGUGGGUGCAAAACAUCCAGCAGAGUGUCCCACAAAGCAGCUCAAGAAACUGCGAGUAGGGCAGCCAACAGGGCCGGUGGAGAUUCCACUGGAAGAGACUACAGAGCAGCCAUCAGGGGACAUUGAGAUGAAGUCACCUGAGAGUGGAAGUGCAGAGCGGCCACGUCUUGCUCGUGGAGGAGGUCAAGCCGCUGCCUGACCAUAAGAAACUGAGGUUCAAAGCCCUCUUUGGCCCAUUGAGUGCACUAGUUGACCAACUGGUUGGGUUGCGACCAGGAACAUACCUGCUGAUUCACCAUGCACGUGAACCAAAUGCUUGGCUAUUUACACAGGGAGCAGGGAAGGGUUGCAACCUACACAACGACCUGGAUAACCGCACCCCUCGGAGGCCUUCGGCCACCACAGCCUUGGGCAAGGUCCAUGCUCCACCAUCGUCAGUGCCACCACUGGACCCAGAAGUGAUUUUCCCGGACCAGUUCCAGCGGGGACGUAUCCCACUCACGUUUCCACCUGCUCGAUUGGAGGCAGUGACACCACUGGCUGCAGGUCAGCAAUUUCCAUCCUGGGGUAGAGCUGGCCCCUCAAAAGUUGGCACAACAGCCACUGGGACUGCUAUGAGCCGCACACCAGUCACUUGGACUGCCACGAGUCUCGCAUCGGCCACUGGGACUGCCACGAGUCGUACACCAGUCACUUGGACUGGCUCGACUAGCACACCAGUCACUCUGACUGCUUUGACUAGCACACCAGCCACUGGGACCGCUACGAGUAGCACACCAGUCACUUCGACUGCCUUAAGUAGCACACCAGCCACUUUGACUGUUACGAGUCGCACACCAGCCACUUUGACUGCUACGAGUCGCACACCAGCCACUUUGACUGCUACGAGUCGCACACCAGCCACUUUGACUGCUGCGAGUCGCACACCAGCCACUUGGACUGCUACGAGUCGCACACCAGCUACUUGGACUGCUAUGAGUCUCACACCAGCCACUUGGACUGCUACGAGUCGUACGGCAGCCGCUUGGACUGCUACGAGUCGCACACCAGCUACUUUGACUUCUACGAGUCGCACACCAGUCACUUGGACUGUCACAAGUAGCACACCAGCCACUUGGACUGCCAUGAAACGCACACCAGCCACUUGGACUGGCAUGAGUCGCACACCAGCCACUUGGACUGGCAUGAGUCGCACACCAGCCACUUGGACUGGCAUGAGUCGCACACCAGUCACGUGGACUGCCACGAGUAGCACACCAGUCCCUUCGACUGCCAUGAGUCGCACACCAGUCACAUGGACUGCCACGAGUAGUACGCCAGUCACUUCGACUGCCAUGAGUCGCACACCAGUCACGUGGACUGUCACGAGUAGCACACCAGUCACUUCGACUGCCAUGAGUCGCACACCAUUCAUGUGGGCUGCCACGAGUCUCACAUCAGGCAGUGGUACUGCCACGAGUCGCACAUCAGCCACUGGGUCCGCCAUAAGUCUGCGCGGUGGCCAUGUUGUCUUUCACACCAAGAACCGGGGGGCAUUCAAGCCUCGAGGUAAAGUACGGCCAAUCAGCAAGCCAUUUACACACGGCUCAUCGUGAUCACUGGUCAAGCGACGUCCACUGUGAUCACACAGCAAUACUUGUUGAAGGACAGUGACCAAAAAGAAGUGUGAGGACCCCCAGGUGUGAGCUUGCAGUUGCCACAGUGGAUGCUGAUGUGGUUGACCGACUGAUAUAAUCUGCAUGAGAAGACUCCACAAGUACACAAAGAAGCACCGUUUGGUCCCAUUUCUAAAGGCUGUUGUCCAUCCGGGCAUUGCAUUAUUUGAAUGUGAUAAUUUCAUCAUGUUGCUGUUUUGCCAUAAACCAUUCUCAUAAGUGGUUAGUGUUCUUUAUUGCUCUAAUUUCAGCCCUACAGAAGUUACUGAAAUAUUAAAAGGCCAGUAAACAACUCCGAGGUCCAAAAAUUGUAAUGAAGAGAAAUAUGUGUACUUUUGCUAUGUGAACAUGCUGCUGCAAGAAUUUUGCAAGUACGUGCUAUAAUAAGGAAAUUACAGGGGUUAGAACAUCCAUUUCAGCUGGUUUCAAAUUUUCAUGCUGCCUUGCCACCCUUUUUUGCCAUAGGGAGGGGAAGGCGUAGCCCGUUGUGACUACGCCCACUUCAGCAAUGUGACACGACGUCAGCAAUUGACGUCAUCAGCGAGCUCGAUCAGUUGCAAUGCACUUCCGCUUGCUGCGGCUCCCGGUUGUUUAUUAGGAGCGAAGCUCCUCAGGCCCGCACUCCUCCGCGCCGUUGAAGCUCCCUUCUCUUAAACAUCACUUUAGGUUGCAGCGGCCGGUGAUUUAAGAGGAAAUGUUUAGGCUUUGAGUUGUUUGGUUCUAGCGCACCAGAAAUUCGAGGUUAAAAGAAAUAAGCUCUGUGCACAACUGGUUAUAAUGGUCUUCUUCACUUUCACCACGUUUAUUGUGGAUUGUGAAAUGACAACCAUCAUUCUAGUGCACGACGGGCACUUUGUCGAAAGUAGUAGCAGACAGUCUCCCCACUCUGCACCAGCGUAAAAAGACAAUGAAACGCUGCGUUGCGGCGUUCCGUCGUUGCGGUCGAAGGUCCCCGCCGCAUCACCGCUCGCACCCCUCUCCCACCUGUCUCCCUCUCCCUGCACUGCGUGCGCCGCACACUCACUCGCUUGUUUUCGCCACCGAGUGCAGCAGAUGCUCUCCCCACCCUCUCCUCACCCUACCGCCUUCAUGAAAGCCAGCAGCGAGAUCAGGCGCAUAGUCGUUUGCAUUUUAUUUCUAAGGAGCUUCGCUCAUCGGUUGUAUUCGUACGCGGAACAACUGCUAGUUUUUGUUUACGUUUUCGCACAUUUUACAUAAAUUGACGGGCAGUUUUUGGCCCUUCAGUAUUUUCAAACCUUUGUGACAGUUCACAAUGCAGCAGAAAUGCGUGCUUGCUUUCCAAGACGUUGAAGGGGCGCGAGAGAAAAGCCUGGAGAACCCCGCUUGCCGUGCGUGCAAUGGGAAAACUAAACUGUAGGGAAAACCAAGCAAGCACGUCCCGUCCAAGCUACCGGAGGUUCCCCUCUUUCCGCUCGAUUUACAGCCGACAACUGAACAACGCUUCGUCUCAUGUUGAAGGCGGAGUGCGUGCAGUGUGAGGAAUAUAUGCGCGACAACUGCGUGGCCGAAACCGCAUCACCGCAGGGCCAAAAAACAAGGCACAGUUUCGUAGUCGUGGGU